AAGGAUGCGUGAGCAGGAAAUGGAGAGGCUGGAGAGACAGAGGCUUGAGACCAUCCUGAAUUUGUGUGCCGAGUAUAAUAAGAGUGACCCUUCGGUGGGCGUGGACACAGGGAGGGCGUGUCAGUUUCCAGGGAUGGAGGAGGUCUCUGUUCGGCGACCUGGCCCUGACCCUGUGAGUGUGCUGGCCCAGAGCUCUCGCAGACAGAGAGAGAGUGAGGAGGAGAAUCUGAAAGAGGAGUGUAGCAGCACUGAGAGUCAGCACCAGGAGCAUGAAGAUACUUCAGUGCUGGGGCAGCAGGAGAGAGCAUAUCUGGAGGAAGAGCGGCUCAGGGUUAUGGCUCGAGUGGACGAGCUGAAGACUCGUGUCACUGACCUGGACCAGCAGAUACAGGAGUCUAGACAAGAGGCAGAGAUGGAGAGGGCAUUACUGCAGGGGGAACGGAGGGCGGAGCUUGAUCAAGUGGAGGCAGAGCUGGAGAUCAUCAAUCAACUUCAGCUGAAACUGAAUGAAGUGGAAAAUUCAACUCCGAGGGAGAAAGAGAAGGAGAGAGCAAAAGUCUCAGCUGAGCGGGAUGUCCUGGCCAGGCUGAGGGAUUCGUACAGUGAGCUGAAGGGCCAGCUUCAUAAAUGCCCCGAAUCACUGAGGGAGCACUUACAGGAACAGCUGACCAGGGUCAGUGUGUGCUUUGAUACUGCCCGAGAGAGUCACAAUGACUAUCAAAUGAAUACAACUACUUCACUUCAAAGAGAAGCAGGAGAAAAGAAAGAAAAAAGUAGAUUCAAAUAA